AUGAAGGUCCACUUAUUUGGAGCAGCCUCGUCUCCUGGCUGUGCCAACUUCAGCCAGAAACAUCUGGCAGGACAAGGACAAGGUCAGUUUAGUGAAGACUCAAUACGCUUCAUUCAAAGAAAUUUCUACAUCGAUGAUGGUCUUACAAGUGUCCAAACUGAGAAGGAAGCCAUCCAGCUUGUCAAAGAAUCAAGAGACCUUUGCUCCACUGGCAAGCUAAGACUCCACAAGUUUGUUUCCAACAGUGAUAAAGUGAUGGCAUCUAUCCCAGAAGAAGAACGUGCCACAAUUAAAGAUCUAGACAUGGCCUUGAGUUCACUGCACAUGGAGAGAGCUCUAGGAGUAGAGUGGUGCAUCACAUCAGACUCAUUCAAGUUCAGAGUUCAACAAGAAAACCACUUGUGUCUGCCAGUGCUUCGAGGGAAUUACACCCAUUUAAAAGUGAAGCUCUCCACUAAAGAGGAGGUGGAGAAAUGGCUUGAGGAGUUUCAAAAUUCUUCCACUUUAACAUGGAGGAAUGCCAGAACAUAUCCAGCGUCAGGGCGAUACAAUGUGUAUAGAGUUGAUCUCAGAUGCCAGCAUAAAACCUAUGCAUCUGGCAAAUACUCAAGAAACACCAACUGCCCUGCCACACUGUUUCUUGUCCUCAAAAGAAGCAUGGAGGAUAGGAGGUCAAGAUCGUCAGAUCGACACAUGGCAGAGGGUUACCUCCUAUAUGUCAACUUGAGGAAUGAGCACAACCAUCGCCUUGCUUGCGCCGAUGCCCUGAGGAAAAGGGAUGUGUCAGCCGUCACCAUUGAAAGGCUGACUGAGCUCUUUGAGAAAGGUCAUUCUCCCUCAUCUGCUCUCGAUACCAUCAAAUAUGACCUGCAGGAGGAAGAGGGAGAAGAGUACCUCUAUGCAGCAGCAGACCGCGCCAUCUCCCCAGACGUCCAGUUCUGCUACAGGUUAUACUACAAAAUAUUCCAGAAAUCAUAUGGUGCCCCUUCUGGAGAAAAGAUGGUCAUAGACCUCGAAGACCGCCUUGCCAGGUAUAACAAAGAACAGGGCUGUGUCUGUGCUCAGAUAGAACAAACCAUCGAUGGCCAGCAGAUUGUGGCGAUUUGCACACCUGUAAUGCAGCGGGUCCACACAAGAGUACAACAGAGUGGAGAGAUGAUCUUUGUGGAUUCCUCGGGGAAUUGUGACAGGCAAAACCACCGCCUUUUUCUCUUUCUAACCCACUCUGCUGCAGGGGGACUGCCUCUUGGUGUGCUGAUCACCACAUCAGAGAGUGCAGCCACUCUAACAGCUGGGAUCUCCCAGCUUAAACGGCUUCUCCCACCUGGGGCUUUCUUUGGGCGCGAAGACCAUGGUCCACAGGCAGCCAUGACAGAUGACUGUUCAGCUCUGCGACAGGCACUUGCCACUGUCUACCCUGGAGCAAGCAUACUUUUGUGCACCUUUCAUCUGCUCCAGGCGAUGUGGAGAUGGCUGUGGAACAGCCAUAAUGGCAUAAAAAAAGAACGCCCACAGCUGCUAAAUGGAUUCAGAGGUCUUGUGUAUGCCAGAACAGCGGAAGAGCUGUCUGCAGCCUAUGCCACGCUGUCUGCAGAUCCCCUGGCAUCAAAACACAAGAACUUUAUGAAACACUUGCUGGAGGUGUAUGGGAGGCGGCAGGAGUGGGCACUAUGCUUGCGGGUCCAUUUGCUAACCCGUGGCAACAACACCAACAACUAUGUUGAAAGUGCAAUGAAGAUUGUCAAAGACAAGGUCCUUCACAGGUUGAAGGCAUACAUCCUGACCCAGCUCGUGGACUUUAUAGCCACUCGGUUUGAGGCAUACUACAUCCGCCGCCUCACUGAUUUCGCCAACAACCGGGUGAAAAACCUUACAGCCCCCAAGUGUGAUGAUGUGGACUGCCAGAAAAUUGUCCGGGACGAUGAAGUCAAUUUUACGGUGCCCAGUGCAUCAACUGGUGGUUGGUACCACGUCAAUACAGGACUGAGCUGCUGCACCUGCCCUGUUGGCAAGACUGGCGCACCUUGCAAGCACCAGAGUGCAGUGGUGCAAACAUUUGGUGUGAGUGAGACACUCCCACUAACAAGCACACCUCAUCUCAGGAAGCUCUUCUAUGAAAUUGCUUCAGGAGGGACCACUCCAGAUGACUGGUUUGAAAGCUUGAUUUAUGAACAGCCUGUGGAGCCAAAGUCAGUGUUGGAAGAGUGCAUGGAUGGAGAAUCUCUUGCUCCAGCACCGAAGAUCAUCUCAGAUGACCACCGGUCCAGUGAAGAGGAGGCUGUCGACACAUCAGCUGGGCCCAGCACAGGGACAGAGUCUUUGGAGAGGGAGCUGGAUGGCAUUUUGGGGAUCCUCAAAAGAAAACUAGUAGAGGACACAACAUUCAAGGCACCUCUUCAGUCAUUUGUGGACAAUUUUGAAAAAAUGAAAACGGACAGUGCUGUCCAGUCAUCUUUGUUCUCCUAUGGAAAGACCAGCUGUGUGCCUACUAGGAUCCGUGCCACACCAAGGGGAUUUCUGCAAACGACCACUAAGAUUGGUGUGCAACCAACGGCGGUGUCACGCCGAAAGGCAGCUUUGGGGGGAAGAAGAGCUCUGGGAGCUGGCAGACCUCCAAAGAGCUCCAGGAAAGACCACCCUUACACAAAGUGCAGAAGAGCAAAAGCUGUGCCACACAGCCUGUCCCAUUGUGUGCAGGAGAACACCUCCCUGGGGAAAACCCACUAGGUGCACACACGCACCCUACCUAAAGUCCAUAACAGUUCUCUUAAUCAGUUAUUGAUAAAUUCCACCUCAAUCAGUUUGUUUUGUUUCAGUUCAAUCAGUUCAUGGUUCUAUUGUUAAUUUUUACAAAACCUGAACUAAUACAAAUACUUGUAGGCUAUAUGAUUAUUUUUUUUGUAUUUAGUAUUUGUAUUUACAUUUGAUGUGAGUUCAGCUACAAGUGUGUAGUACAGGGGUCAUCAACUACAUUUUUCCAAGGGCCAGAAUUUUUCUAAGCAAACA